CUUUGUGGAGUGGACUUGACUUGUUUUGGAUUUUCUUAAAUCGAUUGGGGGUUGAAUUUUGAUUUUUAAAUUUUUCUUAUUUACCAACCAAAAUAUUAAAACUUAUUAAAUUAUAAUUAUUUCAUUUGCGUCUUAAUUGUCUUUUUAAUAGUGAAAAUAUGAUAAAUCAUUUUCUAAGGACCUAACCUAGAAACUUGUUCUUUUAAUUUAUUUGUUUAUUCAUUGCUUAGUUUUUUAAUUUUUUAUUAAAGUACCUAACUAAAAUUACUGUGAGUUACUUUGAGGCUUUUUAAACGAAAAUUCGCACCAUGGCUUGUGUAUCCUAUCAAAUUGCCAACCUUUUGGAAAAGAUGCAGUCAUCUGACAAAGACUUCCGCUUCAUGGCGACAAAUGAUCUUAUGUCUGAGCUCCAAAAAGACAGCAUCAAAUUGGAUGAUGACUCUGAACGUAAAGUUGUUAGAAUGCUUCUAAAACUGCUUGAAGAUAAAAAUGGAGAAGUGCAGAAUUUGGCAGUGAAAUGUUUGGGACCUUUGGUGAACAAGGUGAAAGAAUACCAAGUGGACACAAUUGUUGAGGCUCUCUGCACCAAUAUGGUUUCUGAUAAUGAACAGUUACGAGACAUUUCUAGCAUUGGGCUGAAGACAGUGAUUGCAGAGCUUCCCCAGACAACCUGUGGUAUGUCAGGGACUAUAUGCAAGCGGAUCACUGGUAGAUUGAUUACAGCUAUUGAACGGCAGGACGACGUCUCUGUUCAGCUAGAAGCUCUCGAAAUUAUCGCCGAUUUAUUACUACGUUUUGGUCCAUUACUGCAAACUUUCCACCAGCCAAUCUUAGCAGCAUUAUUACCGCAACUAGAAAAUCAGCGUCAAGCUGUGAGGAAACGUACCAUCAGCGCUUUAAGUAAUCUAGUUCUAUCUUGCCACAAUUCCCUUUAUAACAAGCUGAUUGAGUAUUUGUAUGAUGGUUUACGUGAUAAUAAAGUUAAUUCACAAACCCGUACUUAUAUCCAGUGUGGUUCAGCUGUAUGCCGACAAUCUGGUCAUAAAUUUGGGGAAUACUUGGAUAAAUUUGUACCAAUUGUUGUUCAGCGAUGUGAUGUUGAUGAUGAAGAGUUGAAAGAAUUUUGUCUCCAGGCAUUUGAGUGCUAUGUUCACAAGUGUCCCAAGGAAAUUACCCCAAAUAUUGGCAAGAUAACUGAGUUGUCACUAAAUUAUAUGACUUAUGAUCCAAACUAUAACUAUGAUAACGAUGAUGAUGAAAGUGAUAUCGACCAUGAGCACGACGAUGAUGAUGACGAUGAAGAAAACAAUGAGUACAGUGACGACGAUGACAUGAGUUGGAAAGUACGAAGGUCUGCUGCAAAAUGCCUAGAAGCUGUUAUAAAAACAAGACACGAGCUGUUGGCUGAAUUUUACAAAGUCCUGUCUCCUGCAUUGAUUGCUAGAUUUAAAGAACGCGAGGAAAAUGUAAAAUCGGACAUAUUCCACGCAUACAUAGCCCUACUGAGACAAACCAGAGCUACUGUGAACCAUAAUAUUGAUCCAAACGCUAUGAUUAUGGAUGAAGAGGAAGAAACUCCAAUGACUUUACUUCAAGGCCAAAUUGGGAGCCUUGUUAAAGGAAUUCAGCCACAAAUGAAAGAAAAAAGCAUAAAAACUAGGCAAAACUGUUUCCAACUUCUAAAAGAAGUAUGCUAUGUGCUUCCGGGUGCUCUAGGCAAUCACAUUGGUAACUUGGUUCCUGGCAUCAUAUAUUCUCUUGGCGAGAAAACUGCCAGCAGCAACAUGAAAAUCGAUGCUUUGUCAUUCAUCUAUUGUUUAAUCACAACUCACUCGCCAACGGUGUUUCAUCCUUAUAUUAACACAAUCUUGCAUCCUGUCAUAGCAGCUGUGGGAGAUAGCUUCUAUAAGAUAUCGGCCGAAGCUCUUGGGGUUCUUCAAGAGUUGGUUAAAGUUCUGAGACCUAUGCAGGUUCAUACUGGAUUCGAUUUUACCCCCUACACAAAAGAUAUUUAUUCCUGCACUCUUUUGCGUCUAAAAGCACCCGACAUCGAUCAAGAGGUCAAGGAAAAAGCUAUCUCCACUAUGGGCCAAGUUAUUUGCAACUUGGGGGACCAACUGAAAAGCGAACUACCACAAUGUUUGCCUUUAUUCUUGGAUAGACUCAGAAACGAAAUUACCCGACUGACAGCUGUGAAAGCUUUGAAAAAGAUAGCUGGCUCUCCACUGGGUAUUGCUUUGCCAAUACUACCAGAAGCUAUGCCUAUCUUAGGAUUAUUCCUAAGGAAAAACCAGAGAGCACUAAAGUUAUGCACACUUCAACUUAUUGACUGCUUAAUCCAGAAUUAUCAUAAAAAGCUUAAUGUACAGCUUAUUAAACCGAUUAUCGCCGAAGUUCCUCCACUUUUGGAUGAAGCUGAUCUACAUAUCGCCCAGUGGACUCUGAUUAUUUUAAAGUCUAUUGCUGUAUAUCAUCCUAAGGCACUGCGUGAUGUUAAUACUGGAAUAAUGCCCCAAAUACUGAUUCUUGUUAAGAGUCCUUUAUUGCAAGGUACUGCGCUUCAGGCCAUGCUAGACUUUUUCAAAGCUCUGGUAAAAUGUAAUCUUCCAGGUUUAUCGUAUGACCAUCUACUAAGACUGCUAAUUACCCCAAUCACACAAUUGUCAACCAAUCCAUCAGCAACCUUACAUAAGCAAGCAUUCUACUCUCUUGCGAAAUGUGUCGCCGCCAUAUUUUCUCCAGAUAUACCACACUUCAUCAAUGAAAUUCAGAAUAUCACAAAUGAUUCGCAACAGAUUUUUGCACUGUUGGUUGUUGGAGAAAUUGGAAGAGAAGUGGAUUUAACAUCAGUGCCUAACCUGAAACAAGUAAUUCUCAACUCCUUUGGUGCUUUUUCUGAAGAAGUCAAAUCUGCUGCCAGUUACGCAUUAGGAGGCAUCUGUAUUGGCAAUCUUCAGCAAUACUUGCCGUUUAUCCUCAAAGAAAGUCAUGAACAACCGAAAAGACAAUAUCUUCUAUUGCAUUCAGUUAAAGAGGUUAUCACUUGUCUUUCUCAAACAAAUGAAGGUGUCCAGCAACUUCUACCUUUCGUCCCUGAUAUUUGGGCACAAUUAUACUGUCACUGUGAGUCCCAAGAAGAAGGUACUAGAAAUGUUGUUGCUGAGUGUUUGGGAAAAUUGACUCUGAUCGACCCAAGCAAUCUUUUGCCAAAAUUGAAGAGAUCUCUCAAUUCUCCUUCGCCAUUGAUGAGGACCACUGUGGUAACUGCUGUCAAAUUCACUAUUUCUGACCAGCCCAGUCCAAUAGAUCCACUCCUAAGACAAUGUAUUGGCGAAUUCUUGAACACAUUGCAAGAUACAGAUUUGAAUGUCAGAAGAGUAGCAUUAGUAGCAUUUAAUUCUGCUGCACAUAACAAACCUUCAUUAAUUCGGGAUCUUCUGGAUACUGUUUUACCCCAACUCUACAAUGAAACAAAUGUUAAGCGUGAUCUUAUUCGUGAAGUUGAAAUGGGUCCUUUCAAACAUACAGUUGAUGACGGAUUAGAUAUAAGAAAAGCGGCAUUUGAAUGCAUGUAUACCUUAUUAGAUUCCUGCCUAGAUAAGAUUGAUAUUUUUGAUUUUAUAAAUCAUGUAGAGUCUGGUCUUAGAGAUCAUUAUGAUAUCAAAAUGUUGACGUACUUGAUGGUAGCCCGUUUGGCUCAAAUUUGUCCAGGAUUUGUUUUACAGAGAUUAGAUGGUUUGAUUGAACCUUUAAGAGCAACUCUUACACUGAAAGUGAAGGCAAAUUCCGUCAAACAAGAAUAUGAAAAGCAAGAUGAAUUGAAACGUUCUGCUAUGAGAGCAGUUUCAGCAUUGUUGAGUAUCCCCGAUGCUGAUAAAAAUCCCCAUUUGAACGACUUUAUGAAUCAAAUCAAGAAUUCGUCGGAUUUGCAUCCAAUAUUUGAAUCAAUCCAAAAGGAUUCUGCAUCAUCACACACCGAUUUUUUGAUGGAUCAAAGUUAAAUAUUAAGAAAGUGUUAUAAUUUUUAUUGUGACUUUAUCAGGUGCAUCCCUGUGAAUCAAUUUGUUUAAGGGUGGUUCAAUUAAGCUGAGACGCCUUUGAAAAGGUGCGUUUUUGAAAAAAGUUAUGUAGUGUAGUGGGGGAAAGAAAAUACUCGGUUAGAACGAGCGCUUUUCCUAAUUCCCAUAAAAAUUUCCUAUAAGACCAAUGAUGUGAUUUUUUACUGUUUAUUGUAAACUUCGUAUAUAGUGAACAAAUUUUGAAGCAUUUUUUAAUUAAGUUCACUAUAUCUAGACUUCACUGUAUAUACAGAGCAUUUUAAAACUUACCACCUCUAUUAUCUCGGAGUUGAACAAUUUUCGAAAAAAAUCCUGAAACACAUCAACUAUAAUUUGACGGGGGAAGAGUUUUUAUACAAAAUUCACCUCCUCCCUUUCAAGCCCCCAGCUCCCAGAGCCACCCCUAGAAAAUCUUAAAUGGCAAAGGGAGUCAAGUGAUACAUUAUUUUGGAGGGUUUUUAAUUCCAUACAUUUUGGUACUAAACUUCAAUUCCUAAGUUCAACUGUUUUGGAAAUAUUGACAGUUGGAAAUUGAUUUUUUUGCUACUUUGACAGGCUGUAUAACCUAAACGGUUAAUUUUCGAGGAACACCGAUCUUUCAUUUUUAUCUUAGAUUUUCAUAAACUAUCAUUUGACACCAACUUUGAAUUCAAUCGGAGAUUAAAUUUUCAACCGGAAUUUUUGAUGAUGGAUUAAAUUCAAAGUUGCUGUCAAAUGAUAGUUUACAAAAAUCUAAGAUGAGAAUGUGAGAUCGGUUUUCCUCUAAAAUUAACAGUUUAGAUUUUACAGCCUGUUGAAGUAGCAAAAAAGUCAAUUUUCAACUGUUAAUAUUUCCAAAACAGUUGAACUUAGGGAUACAAAUUUAGUACCAAAAUGUAUGGAAUUUAAAACCCUCUGUAAUAUUUAGGUGUAAAUAAAAUACGAUUUUACGACAAUUCCGUUUAUUAGAAAACCCGUGACAUACCGGUACCGAUCUAUUGAUACACUGAUAUUAAUUGUAUAUAGGUACCUACAUGGUACCUACAUAUUUACCUUAGGAUAUGAAUAGCCGCUGGAGUGUAGGUACUAUUAUAAUAUAUAAAUAAAAUGCAUACACUACACCCUCCAAAAUGAUGUAUCACUUCACCCCCCUUCCCAUUUAAGAUUUUCUAGGGGGUGGAUGUGGGGGCGGUGAAUUUUGCAUAAAAACUCAGCUCCCUUCAAAUUAUAGUUUUUCAGGGAAUUCUCCGAAAAUGUUCAACUCCGAGAUAAUAGGGGUGGUAAGUUUUAAAAUGAACUCCCUGUAUAAUAUAUACAGUGAGGACAUAGAAGUCCGUCGCCCCCCCUUCUAACUUUUGAACCGCUCGGUAUAUUGCAACAAGAUUUGGAAUAAUGAUAUGUGAGCAAAUUCUCCAUUUUUUGAAAAACAAAUGACAGCUUCAGCUGUAAAAAUGACAGCUGGCCGCAGUUUUGAAACGUUUUUUUUUAAUAGGAGGCGGCGCCGAGUGACAUAUCGUUUUAAAGGUCUCUUUAUUCUUAAUUUAAUCCCCGAUUCUGAAAAGAUUUGGUUUAGCGGUUUUCAAAUGAUGACGAAAAAACAUGGGGUUGUUUUGGUCACAAACACUCGUAGAAAAAAAAAAAAUGUUAUCGGUUUUUUAUUUAUUAUUGUUUUUUUUUUUCAGUAAUAAAUAAUGACGUAAUGACAUAGGUACCUUAAAAAAAAAGAAAGUACUCAUAAAAUAAUGAGUCAAUUAAAAAAAAAAAUUAUGACCAAAACAAACCUAUGUUUUGAUAAUAGAUCAUUUGAAAACCGCUAAACCAAAUGCUUUGAGAAUCGGGGAUGAAAUUAAGAAUAAGGAGACCUUAAAAACGAUAUAUCACUCGACACCGCCUUCCAUUUAAAAAAAACGUUUCAAAACUGCGCCCAGCUAUCAAUUUGACAGCUGAAAUGUCAUUUUUGUAUUCGAGGGGAAAACUUUUUGACCCGACCCCAUUGGUAUUUCGCUAGGGUGCACCCCCUGGGUGGGGUGACUUUCGCCCCUCUUUUUUCAGGUAGGAAAGAUGGGGCGAGUGGUACCUUAUUUUAAAGGUAUUUUGUUUCUCUUCACAACUGCGUAUUUUUUUGUAAUCGAAUGAUUAGUUCUCAAGAUAUUUACUGUCACAGUUGCCAUGGGCUUAAUAGGAAACAAUCUUCUGGCCCUGUUAUUCUCAAAUUAACACUUUCCUGACUUACCUCUCAGACACGUCAAUUUUAUUUUUUGUGUACUUGUGAAAAAAUGAAAAUUGAGGUACCACUCGAUCCAUCUUCCCUAUCUAAAAAACAUAGGUGAAAGUCACACCACCCAGGGGGUGCAGCCUAGCGAAAUACCGAUGGGGUCGAAAACUUCCCCACUUGAAUACAAAAAUACCCAAAAACGUCUCUGUUUGGAUGUUCGUGAAACACCCUGUAUAUUCAACUUUGCACCAAAUUGUGUCGCUGGCUUAGGCUCUUAGGCUGUCUCAGGUUAAAUGGACCACCUGUGUAUUUAUAUUGCCCAGUUUCUGAUUUACAUUUUUUGUUUUAGGAUAAGAUCUAUAAUUAACCUAGUUGUAUAAUUUCUUCAUUUAAAUAAAUAAUAUUAAAUUUGUAGCGAGGAA